GGAGUAUGAAUUGGCGAAGGCGCUGAAGGUGGACUAGGAAGUUUGGAGUGCGCAGCGCUCUGAACGUCGGAUCUCAAGCCAGGGAGUGGAGGUACCCGGUGAGGGGAGAAUCGUGGACUCAGAGGAGCAGAAAAGGAAUCGAUUCUUUUCGGUCUGGCUGGCGGAGUGCACCAGGCUUUUCCCCGGCCAGUACUUUCACUGAGAAGCGUAAUGCUUCAAGUGCCGAUUCAGACAGAUUGUUAGCUAAAGAGUGCAGGGACAUUCAUUCACUGGCAGACGUUGCAGCACUGGCAGUGGCGGGGAGACGUCUGGUCGUUGGUAGUGUGGUUUGAGGAUUCCUGGAUUCCGAACAAUUCAGCAGGAGGCCAAAGCUGCUGGCUCGGAGCGAAAGUGGUUUCAUCAUCUGCUGCUGGGCCAAGUCGAGUGCUUUGCCUGUAAGAAAUUCUCCAAAACUGGAUCGGACGAGCUGGAACGAGGGAGGUCGGUACCCGCUUGCUCCCGCCAACCACAGCUUGAUGGAACCCAUGAGCCGAAGCUGUGAGCUCGACAUCUGAACUGUCGCUCUCUACCCGUCUUGAUCGGGUUUCUCAUCAGCUUGAUUUGUUACGUGUUUCGAAAGUUUGUCCGCGCUAAUACUCCCACUGUUGCUGAGAAAGGGACGCGAGUAUUAUCACAUGUGAAACUUAAACGGUAUGGUCCAUGAUAGAGUGAGCUGGAGAGCUGAGCUGACACUGACGCGAGCUGCAAGAGGUUGUGUUGUUUUGGCCAUGGGAACGAGUUCACUCUAGUUGGGAGCUGAAGAACCAGAGAGCUUUAGAAGCCACUCUGUCCAGAAGGGAAUCCAGGAUCAGCUGUUGUGAUGGGACGGUCGAGAACGUGCAGUGAGUGUACAUUGGAGGAUUCUGAAUCCUUCUGAAGAGUCCCAGUUUUGGAGGAAGCGAUUCAAGUGCCACGGGUAGACGUCGAGAGCUCAUGGUCUGAAAGUUGAAGUGGUGCGGAGCCUGCUUGUAAUUUUCUUGUGAUCAAGCGGGAGCGGUCUGUUGCAGGAGUUGGAACUUACACAGAGGGCGGGUUUGGGAGCUCUGAGGAGUGCGCCGAAAUGAGGGAAAGUAUGAGAGAAGUUUUGAAAUCUGCAGCUUUGGGGCUGCUGAAUCUUUCGCAUCCCAAAACCGCGUUGGCUGCCUUCAGGGGGCGCAAUUCGUCGAAAGCUUUUCACAGCGCGAAAAUGACGAUGCUUUGCGGUUUCGUCACCAUAGUGGUGCUCAGGGGUAGUGUUGGAAUCGGAAAGUUUGGUGAAGGCUGGUCGUCUCCCGAUAGUGGAGUCCGCGAGUAUUUCGCCUACAGGCACGAGCAGCAGAAGCGAGUUCUUCAUGAAAAAGAAGAAGGUUUGGAGCCGCUGAGAGAUUUUUCUAAGGAGUUUCCCAAAGGCGAGUACAGUUUGGGUCCCAGCAUCGUCGAUUGGGACGAGCAGCGAGCUGCGUGGUUUGAUCAGAAUCCCUCCAUGAGGACUCCUCCAGACGGAAAGCCUCGAAUAAUGCUUGUCACAGGCUCGCAGCCUACCGCAUGUGAGAAUCCGGUUGGAGAUCACUAUCUUCUCAAGGCUGUGAAGAACAAAAUUGAUUACUGCCGGUUACACGGUAUAAAGAUCAUGUACAAUAUGGCUCACAUGGACGCAGAAAUGUCUGGCUUCUGGGCGAAGCUUCCACUUCUUCGGAAGUUGAUGCUGUCUCAUCCGGAGGUGGAAUGGCUGUGGUGGAUGGACAGUGACGCAAUGUUUACGGAUAUGCUGUUCGAGCUUCCCAUCGGCAAGUACAGAGAUCACAAUCUUGUCCUCCACGGUUGGGAUGAUCUAGUGUACAAGAAAAGGAACUGGAUCGGGCUCAAUACCGGUAGUUUCCUUAUACGCAACAAUCAGUGGUCUUUGGAUCUGCUGGACAUGUGGGCUCCUUUCGGUCCCAGAAGCAUCCGACAAGAAGCUGGGAAGGUUCUCACCGCAGCUCUCGCAGGCAGGCCGGUUUUCGAAGCUGAUGACCAGUCCGCGUUAAUAUAUUUGCUCGCCUCAAAGAAGGAUGAGCUGGCUUCUAAGGUCUUUUUGGAGAACACGUACUAUCUGCACGGGUACUGGGUCAUUCUGGUGGACAAAUACGAGCUGAUGAUGGAGAAGUACCACCCGGGUUUGGGAGAUGAUCGGUGGCCGUUUGUCACUCAUUUCGUCGGGUGCAAGCCUUGUAAAGGAAACGCCGGCGAGUAUUCGAACUCUAGAUGUUUCAAGGAGAUGGAGAGGGCGUUCAACUUUGCUGACAACCAAGUACUGGAGAGGUAUGGAUUGCAGCACGUGGCUCUGAGUACAUCCAAGGUGACGCGCACCAGGAACGAUACCGACCGACCAUUGGACGUUCUCUGAUCUUCCCCCCCAGCUCUUGCCUUCAACAAUUGUGACAUUUCACUAUUUUUCACUAUAGAUUGACCUGAAAAUUAAUUUGUUGGUCGUCACAUCAGCUGGCCCUUUUAAACGACCUCCUAACGCAUUUUGUUAGUGUCAUGCGGCCAGGCUUGUGUUCCCUACAACCAAUACCGGGAUUUGUUAGGCCGUAGUUUGUCAAUGAGUUUUGGAGUUCUCUCAAAUAUUUCAUUCUUGCAACGCUUGAUGAAAGCUUUUGCCUCAAUUUCUUUCAUUCACAGCAGACGAAGGGAGACUGAGAUUUCAAAGGAUUGGAAGUACGUAGUUUUCACAUUUCAGCAGCCGUUUGAGCUUGAUCACAAACUUCACACUAAACAAGCCUCUGCUUGUUCUAUCCUUCAGUGAGCUAGAUGUACGGUUUUUCUUUGGACCGUGUUGUACCAACCUAAGCAAUGUGGUGGAAGGAUUUGCGGGUGUUUGUAUAUAUUUCUAAUAUAUGUUUCCAUCUGCUUCCCUACUUCUGUCCUCUGUUUUAAACUGAAAUACCAAAAAUUGAGGUCGCG